GGUCUAAUAAACAUGUUGAUGUAUUGAUUCUGUGAAAGUGUGUUUUCGCGUCAUGUCAGAAGAAGCUAGCCACUAGCUGUGUGCUUCUUCAUGGCGUCCAAAGUUCGGUCUCUGUACAAGCGGAUUCUGGUGCUGCACCGCUUCCUGCCGCUGCAUUUACGCGUUUUGGGCGACCAGUACGUCAAAGAGGAGUUCAGGAGGCAUAAAAGAGCUUCAGGCGAAGAGGUGAAGAUCUUCAUGAGGGAAUGGCAGAACUACAAGGAGGCCCUGCAGACUCAAGUGCUGGAGGCCUCAGGUGAUGCAUCGGGUCCUGGCUGCCUCGGGCUCGACCUGCCAGAGGAGAAACUCAGCGACUUCCAGGAGGAACAGAUAGGCCAGCUCUACGAACUCAUGCUGGAGUCCACCAAACCCAACCGACAGUUUGACAUCCACGAGGACCGCGCCAAGAAGUGAGGCAGCAGCAGCCAACUCCGCACGAGAAAGGACAAAAUAAAAAGAUUAAAAACAUAGAUCAGCACUGAGUGGAACAGACGCAGGCUUUGAAGGAGCUUUCAUUAAAGUGCUGUGUGAUAUAUGUGUGCACAUCUCUGAGUCUGACAAUAAAAACACAAUCUUCAUUAUA